CAUUGACAAAAAUUGUCAAGAAAGCUGUCAGUGCUGGCUGACAGUACUCGGUAGGUAGUCGUGUUUUGUAUAAAACUUGCAGUAUUAAUUUUUAUUUUGUGAAAACAUGGCAAAUUUAAGACAAACUCCAUUAACGUGUAGCGGACACACAAGACCCGUCGUCCAUUUAGAUUUCAGUGAAGUUACAGAUAGUGGAUAUUAUUUAAUAUCAGCAUGCAAAGAUGGCAAGCCAAUGCUCCGACAGGGCGACACCGGCGACUGGAUAGGCACGUUCGAGGGCCACAAAGGGGCCGUUUGGGGCGUGGCUCUGAACGCCGAUGCCACUCGAGCUGCCAGCGGAGCGGCGGAUUUCACUGGGAAAGUAUGGGACGCCAUUUCCGGCGAAGAAUUGCAUUCCUUUCAACACAAUCACAUUGUCAAGAGCGUGGAUUUUUCGCGUGACUCCAAUCUAAUGGUAACGGGAAGCAACGAAAAACUUGUGCGCAUUUUUGAUCUCAACAAGACGGAAGCUAGUCCAGAGGUAUUCAGUGGACAUACUGCUGGCAUAAGACGUGUGAUGUUUUUUAGAAACGACACCCAUUUGGUCUCGUGCGCCGAUGAUAAAACUCUUAGAGUUUGGAAUAGGUCCACGGGACAGGAAAUCCAAAAGGUCGAGUUCAAUUCGACACCCAACAGCUUGGAAGUAUCGAAAGACGGCAGCGUGCUAACGGUGACUUACUCGAACCACGUGAUCUUCCUCGAUUCGGAGACGCUGAACAAGAUUCGAGAAUUCUCCAUACCCAGCACCGUCAAUUCCGCUUCGUUGCAUCCCGACAAGACCAUCUUCGUGGCCGGCGGCGAUGAUUUGAAGGUUUACAAGUUCGACUACACUACUGGCACAGAGAUUGAAUCGUUCAAAGGUCAUUUCGGACCAGUUCACUGUGUUAAAUUUUCGCCUGACGGCGAAUUGUACGCGUCCGGCUCCGAAGACGGUACUUUGAGGUUAUGGCAGACGACCAUCGGAAAAACGUACGGUCUAUGGAAAUGCGUGGACGUCCAGGCUAACAGCGAUCCCCUGUCGCCGCCUAAAGAAGUCCCCGCCAAUUAAUUUCUUCGAAGACAAUCAGAACGGAUCCGAAAACAAAUUAUUUCGUAUUAAUAGGUGUUUUAUAUACGUUGAUGGCAUUGUAACUCUUUUUGGCCAAUGCCACCAUUUUCUCCAUCGGAAUUAGUGAUGACGUAAUUUAUGUUCCAAUGACAGUGUCAGUAGAGGUUAUAGGUAUUCAUUUAAACUACUUUUUUCGACCUGGAAUGUCAAAUUGUUUUUGUUAUAAUUUAACUGUCAGCGGAACAUAAAUUACGUCAUAUUAAUAAAGCGAGUUGGUAACACUCUGACAGUGACAGCUAAAUGCUUGAAACGCCUACUAGUUCGAAGUACAUUUUGCAAUUGUAAUAUAUAACGUCGAUUAUACGAUAACCUGCAUUUUGAUCGCUAAAUUGUUUAUUUUUAAAAUCUGUUAAUUUUAAAAAAAUGUAUUAGUUUUUUUUUUUUCAAUUAUGAAAUACCUAAAUAUAUAAAUUUUAUCAUCAAUAUGCGAGGGUUAUUUUAAAUAAAUUAUUUUUUAUUUGUCCAUUGGUUUUUAUUGUUUCCAGCCUUUAAAUUCAUUACCUGUACAAUAUAACAAGUGGAAAUUAUUGGGAUGCAAUUCUAUUGUAUGAAAUCCGUAGUUAUUUCAUAUAUAAUCGAUUGAACGCCAUUUUUUUGGUGCCAUAAACUUUUUUUUACGAAAAGUUUCUUAAAGACAAAAUUACAAUGGUAAUGUGUUCAGCUUAUGGUUGUAAAAGCCGAAAUGAAAAAGAGAGAUGGAAUUAUAUUUUACAGGUAAAAUAUUGUUACCCUGGUUUUUGGUAAACUCAACUUUUACAAUAUAAAACUA